ACGACUUGCCGUAGUUACGUCAGCUAAUGGAAAUUGUCAGAGUGGCAAGAUGGCUACUGAACCAAAUAAGACCGAAAUCCUUACCAUUUUCAAAAGACUAAGAUCUAUUCCUACAAACAAGGCUUGUUUUGAUUGUGCUGCCAAAAACCCGAGCUGGGCGAGCAUCCCGUACGGUGUGUUCCUGUGCAUCGACUGCUCUGGCAUCCACCGCUCACUGGGAGUGCAUCUCAGCUUCAUCAGAUCUACUGAGUUAGACUCCAACUGGAACUGGUUUCAGCUCAGAUGUAUGCAAGUUGGAGGCAAUGCCAAUGCGACGGCCUUCUUCCGUCAACACGGCUGCUCCACAAACGACACCAACGCUAAGUAUAACAGUCGCGCAGCCCAGAUGUACCGGGAGAAAAUUCGCCAGCUGGCAAAUGCAGCAUUGUCCAAGUAUGGCACAGAACUCUGGAUCGACUCUCCUGCAGGAGGAACUCUGGCUGCUGCUGAGAAGAAGGAGGCCGACUUUUUUGCAGAACAUGCGCAGCUUGCUAACGACUGGAGCAUGGGGCCCCCCUCAGAGCCGCAGCAGAAUGGAGCCGCCAUCACUCCACAGCUGACGGACACAUCGGCUAAAGGCCAGGCUGACAACCAGCCAGAGGAAGGACCCAGCAUCGAUGGUCUGAGCACAUCACCCAAAGCCUCCCUCGAUGUGAAGCCUUCCAUCAUCGGGAAGAAGAAGCCCAUGGCUGCCAAGAAAGGGCUCGGAGCAAAGAAAGGUCUCGGUGCCCAGAAGGUGAGCAGCCAGAGUUUCUCUGAGGUGGAGAAGCAGGCGCAGGUGGCCGAAAAGCUGAGGGAGGAGCAGGUGGCCGAGGCCAAGAAACAAGCCGAGGAAUCCAUAGUGACGUCGAUGCGUCUGGCCUACAAGGAGCUGGAGAUCGACAGGAAGAUGGAGGAGAAGAAGCUGCAGAGCCUGGAAGGGAAGAAGAGGGAGCAGGCCGAGAGGCUGGGGAUGGGCUUCGGGAACAGGAGCGCCGUGUCGCACUCGGUCAUGUCAGAGAUGCAGGUGAUCGAGCAGGAAACACCUGUGGGAGCCAAGUCGUCCUCUCGCUCCAAACUGGACAUGUUUGAUGAGCCGGGCUUCACCUCUGGACCCCCGAAGUACAAGGACAACCCCUUCACUGUGGGGGACAGUUUUGGAUCCCGGUGGGACACUGAUGGAGGGACCGCUUCUUUCACCACCUCCUGGACUCUGGAGAAGGAGGACCCCAAAGAGGAGGUCACCAUCUCUAGUAUUCAGCCAAUUGGAGAGAGACGUCCCAGCAGGAGGAAAGCAGAGGCGUCGGCUCCGGUCUCCGAGUCCAAUGAGGCCAGACAGAAGUUCGCCAACGCCAAGGCCAUCUCCUCCGACAUGUUCUUCGGACGGGAGAGCAGCGCAGAGUACGAUGCCAAGACGAGACUGGAGAGCAUGUCUGGCAGCACCUCCAUCAGCUCGGCCGACCUGUUUGGAGACGACAGCGACCAUAAAGGGAGGGCAUCAGGCUUCGACAACGUGCUCCCCUCCGGCCCGGACAUCGCUCAGUUCAAACAGGGAGUGAAGACCGUCGCGGGCAAGAUGGCCGUCCUCGCCAACGGCGUGAUGAACACGAUCCAGGACCGUUACGGCUCCUACUGAGCGGCGGCCUGAAGACACGCCUACCAACGCCCGUGUAGAACCAACCAGCCUCCGAAUGACACGUGCAUCUGGACGACACGCAGAGGGUUGCAUGAGGAAAGACGGCGUCCCUCUCGCCCGUCCUCCACUAGAGACAAUUUUCCAGGACUGAGACAGUAUUUCCUCCUCUCAUCCUCAUUAGCAGACUCUUAUUUUCAUAAACGAAACCAUGAAAGGAUUUAAAUUCUUUUCUAAAACCAGAUGAUUUUGUCGUUUACUGUCUGCAAUAUUUUGGUCUUAGCUUUUCAAAAACAAUGUGAGUAAAUUCUUCUAUAUUUUAUUCUUUAUUCAUAAAUCAGAGUGUUGAUUUUGUUUUAUGUGAUAUUAAAACAAGGCACAGUUUCUAUUUUUAGUUAAUUUGAAGAGAAAGUUUCAGCAGGUUUCUUUUUACUGACACGAAGCACUGAUUCUGUGGAGGUGAACCAUCGGACGUCUUAGCUGCUGUUAUUUCCUCCAGACGGCCGACCCGGCGGUUCUGUUCUGCUGUCAUUUACUUCGGCUUGUUUCACUUCCACGGCUGUAAACGGUUGACAGGAAUCAGACGUGCUCGGCGUGGUGUGAGCGUUUCCAUCCAUCACACACCCCCCUUCGCCUUGCGCUCUGAGCAGACUCCAUGUUGGCCGAGCAGAUGAGGUCUGGAGGCGGUUUGUUCAUUUUCUGAUAUUUUUCCCUCUACAUGCCUGUGUAUUCCUCACCUACUGAGAGCCUCCAGAAAAAAACACGUGUGGACUGAAAGGAUGAAAGUAUUUAUUUGUAGGCUACAAAAAAAACUUAUUCAGUAUGUUAAUAAAGAUCAAAAACCUU